GCUGCACUUUGCCGAACACUGUAAGAGAACCGAAUUUAGGGAUUCACUCACCCACCCUCUGCGGGGAGAGAGGACCGAGCGCAGCCAUGUUCGGGUUUGCGAAGAAGCUUGCUGGGGAGGCUGAGCAACAAGCUCAAAGUGCUGCACAGGUGGCAGCUAAUGAGGUGAGCCAGACUGUGCAGCAAGUGGUGGACCAGGCUAAGGAUGCUGGUCAGAAAGCUAUUGAUCAAGUCUGCAAAGCUGCUGAAGCUGGUGAAGAAGCUGUUAAAAAUGUAGCAAAUCAAGCAACUUCGUGGGGCAAAAGCUUUGGACAAUGAAGAUAAAUGUAACACUACUGAAAUUUUUGUAAACAGGUUUCUACUGCAUGUACUCUUAAAUAAAGAUAAUACUAAUACUCUA